ACUGUGCUUUUGCCUCUCAAUUCCCAAUACCAUACCCUCACCCCCUCGCAAAAACCCCCUCAAAUCCUACAUCACAAUGCUCGGCUGGUACCGUCUUCAGCUGGCGCGCCGCCCGCUCCUCACCCAGAGCGUCACCACUGCCAUCCUGUUUGCGACCGGCGAUGUCAUGGCCCAGCAGGGUGUCGAGGGCCGCGGCCUGAAGAAGCACGAGUGGGCGCGCACCGGGCGCAUGGCCCUGUACGGUGGUGCCAUCUUCGGUCCUGCCGCGACGACCUGGUUCAAGGCCCUGCAGCGCAUCCAGCUGGGCAGCACCAACGCGACCAUUGUGGCGCGCGUCGCCGCCGACCAGCUGCUCUUCGCCCCGACCAACAUGUGCCUGUUCCUGUCGACCAUGGCGGUGCUCGAGGGCACGUCGCCGCAGAAGAAGCUCGAGAGCACCUACAUGCCCGCGCUGCAGAAGAACUGGAUGGUGUGGCCGUUUGUGCAGAUUGGCAACUUCAAGUUCGUGCCGCUCGAGCACCGCGUCUUGGUCGUCAACGUCAUCUCUCUGGGCUGGAACUGCUACCUCAGCUUCCUGAACAGCCAGGGCAGCGCCGCCGGCCAGGCCGGUCCCCCCGCUGCGGAGAAAUGAGCGCGUCGACAGCGCACGCCUCCGCGCACUCAUGACCACAGCAUUUGAACGACAAACGUGACCACGAGAGUGCAAAAAGGGACCAUCAAGGACGUUUCGAUUUCGAUUUUGCAAAAAGGCCAGUCGGACCCGGCUCCGCUGCCCAAUGAACGUUGGGAAAAGGUUAAUGCUCGGCCGCCAGGACAGCGGCGCGCACGCUCGCUUGGAGUAAGGCUGGUUCAGGGUCUACGAUGCCUUUUCCGGCGAGCACCGCGCUGGCGCUACGAGAGGGAGGUUUUGGAGGGAGAUUUCUUCACUGUUGCAUUUGAGCGGCGGACGGACAGUACCGUCGUUGCGGGUAUGCAUUAUAGAACAGCGAUACGUUAGACAUUGCUAGAAGAGCUGAGAAUCAUAGACGUAGGGGGAAAUGUGUUAUUGCUUUGAUGGUGUGGAAUA